GCGGGGGUCGCGCGUGCGCACUCGGCCUCCUCCUCCGCCGGCUGAGGGGAAGCGGCGGUCGGCGGCGGGCGCCAUCUUGGCGGAGCCGUAGCGGGAGCUGCGGGCGGCGGGGCUGGGCGCGGAGCCUGUCCUAGCGGCGCGGCCGUUAAGUUGAUUUUACAGAAUUUAUCAGGUCUUCCAAGCAGAAACAGGUGAUUUUUGCUGUGGGUUGAGCUCAGCAUGGCUGUAGUCAUCCGUUUGCAGGGGCUUCCUGUUGUUGCGGGUCCUGCAGAUAUUCGUCGUUUCUUCUUGGGAUUGAAUAUUCCCGAUGGAGGUGUGCAUAUUAUUGGAGGAGAAAUUGGGGAGGCUUUUAUUAUAUUUGCAACAGAUGAAGACGCACGGCGUGCCAUGAGCUGUUCGGGAGGGUUUAUCAAGGACUCCCGCGUAGAGCUCUUUCUCAGCAGCAAGGCGGAGAUGCAGAACACCAUAGAAAUGAGCCGGAAACGAUUUGACCGUGGGGGCCGAGAAACAAUGUCUGGGUCUAGACGAGCAGGUGCUGGUUCUGGUGCAUCGGGUGUCGGAGACAUCUCGCAUUUAGUCGCGGCUAUUACGAAAGGAAUAAAUAAAUCUGGUUACGGUCCGCCAAAUCACCCGGAGGCUGGGUUCCAUGCCAAUGGCACGAGACACGGUGAUGUAGGCAUGCCUAAAUCAAGCUACCAGUCGAGAAAGGAUUCCCACGCGUUUAACCCAGAUGAUCUGUACUUGUUCCUGCGUGGCAUUCCCUACUCUGCGACAGAAGAUGCGGUGCGGGCGUUCCUUUCCGGAAUCCGCGUGGACGGGGUGAUUCUGAUAAAGCACCGUAACGGUUUAAAUAACGGUGAUUGCUUGGUAAAAUUUGCCACGCCUGGCGAUGCCUUAGAGGGACUGAAACGUCACAGACAGUACAUGGGGCAGAGGUUCAUAGAAAUCAGUCCGACCACGGAGGAACGGUGGAUCGAGUACGGCGGGCGGGUAGACGUGCCGAAUGAGAUGGAUCACUUCUUCAAAGAACGCUCACCGAGAGGUUCGGGCUACAUGCACGCAAGGAAGCAUUCUCGUUCGAGAUCACCAAGGAGACAAAGAACGCGUUCUCGUUCUCCCCCCAGCCAGGAAUAUUACAUACACUUAAGGAAUCUUUCGACUAACGUGGAGAAGAGAGAUCUGAGAGAUUUUUUCCCUGAUCUGGAUAUAGGCAGCAAACAAAUAAAGCUUCUAACGGACAAGCAUCAGAGGAGGACUAGAGAUGCCUUUGUGAUGUUAAGGAGUGAGAGAGAUUAUCAGGCUGCUUUGGAGUGCCAUAGAAAGGUUCUUCUCAAUCGUCCCGUUUACAUUUUUCCAAUUGCAAGAAAGUCUAUGUUGAAAAUAAUUGAUUCUUACGAGAGGAGAAGAUCUCAGGAAAGAGAUCUUCCUGGCCAGGCCAUGACAGAAAAAAGUUACCGGGAAAGUCAUUCUGGCCCUAAGGUGUGUGCUUAUGUGAGGAAUUUUCCAUUUGAUGUGACAAAAGUCGAAGUGCAAAAGUUCUUUGAGAGAUUUGAUAUCGAUGAAGAUGACAUUUACUUGCUCUAUGACGACAAAGGAGCUGGGCUGGGAGAAGCCUUAGUGAAGUUUAAAUCUGAAGAACAAGCCAUGAAAGCGGAAAACUUAAAUCGUCGGAGGUUCUUGGGAACGGAGGUGUUGCUGAGACUGAUAUCUGAAGAGCAGAUGCAGAAGUUUGGUGUCACUGUUCCGUUCUCUGCCCCAAACGAGAUGCAGGGGCAUUCGCACGCGUAUGACAGAGGUGAGCUCUCCCGUCCGGUUGGUUCCCCACCUGGACCACCGCAAGGGCCACCCAUGCACUCGUUUGGUCCCCCUGGGAACUUCAGGCAUCCUUCAGAAUUUAGGCACCCCCCUGAGAACUUCAUGGGCCCUCCUAAGGAUUUUAGAGGCCCGCCACCCCUCGUGGAUUUUGGUGGUGACAGCGAACACUUUGGCAGAAUGGAGUUUGGGAAUAACAAAAUGGGAAACUUUCCAGAAGGCAGAUUUAUGCCGGACCCAAAUUUCGGUGGUGGUGGUGGUGGUGGUGGUGGUGGUGGUGGUUCUGACCGGGUUGUUCCUAUUCGAUUGAAAAAUUUACCUUUUAAAGCGACUCCCAAUGAGAUUCUGGAUUUUUUCUAUGGCUACAGAGUCAUACCGGAGUCGGUUUCCGUGCAGUAUAACGAACAAGGGUUGCCUUCGGGUGAUGCCAUUGUGGCGAUGACAAACUAUGAGGAAGCGAUGGCUGCUAUUAACGAAUUGAAUGAUAGGCCGAUUGGUCCCAGAAAAGUAAAGCUGAGCUUGCUGUAAAGGAGGAAGAGAUGCUCUAGAAUAAACCAUUCUAGAUUUGACAGUAUUGACAGUUGUUUUUAAGUUUUUAAUGGCUAGAAGUUGAAGAAGAAACGGUUUCCAUCAACGGUUAUAAAUAAUACCUAGUUUGGGUGUUUAGCUCUGGGUUGAAAUACCUUGAUGGUUAAGAUUUGAGAAAUGUAUUGUGCCUACUUCUCGUGGCAGAGAAGAGCCCUGAAAUUCCAGAGGACAUUGAUAUUUUACAGCAAGGUAUAAAAGCAUGAAUUUCUAAUGCUUUUUCUUUUCUUUUUCCUUUUUUUUUUUUCUUGUUUGCUUUAAUUCCCUGUCUCCUGACUUUGCAUCAAAUGAAAUUGUAAGUGCUGGUUGACCAACCACGCAAACGGUUCAGACAAAAACUUCAGUGCUAUCUGCAUUAGUCAGUAACCGUUCUUACUGAGGUUAGCUUAAUAAAAUUAAAAAAGACUGAUUUUUAUUUUUUAUUUUUUCGUGUAAGCUGUUCAGGUUUUGUUCGGUUUCAUGUGUUUGCAGGCAUCCCUGUUAGAAGAAAAAAGAUCUGUUCACAUUAGCUGGCUUUGCUGGCUCUGCAACUUUUUUUAAAUAAAAAAGAAAUUGUUAUUAA